UUCCCUCCUCUUCUCCCCUGGACCACAAUGGGUUCAGACGUACGUGACCUGAACUCCCUGCUGCCCCCGGUCCCGGCGGGCCCCAGCCCCGGCUGCCCGGCCCUGCCCGUCAGCACGGCCCCUCAGUGGACUCCUGUCCUGGACUUUCACACGGCCGCCUCCCCUUACUCCUCCCUGGCUGCCCCCCACACCUCCCUGGGCCCGCACUCCUUCAUCAAGCAGGAACCCAGCUGGGGGGCCACCGGUGACCCCCACCACCUGGAGGCUGACCCCCACUGCGGCCUCAGCGCCUUCACCGUCCACUUCUCGGGCCAGUUUACGGGCACGGGGGCCUGCAGGUACGGGGCGGCAUUCGGGGCGCCCCCUCCUCCACCGCCGUCCUCCAGCCAACCGCCGUCUGUGACCGCCGCACACCACCACCAGCCCCCCAGCAGGAUGUUCAGCAACCCGCCGUACCUGACCAACUGCAUGGACACGCAGCAGGCAGCCCGCAACCAGACGGGUUACAGCGCGGUUGCAUUCGAUGGAGCCGGUAAUUACGGUCACACGCCGACGCACCACAGCUCACAGUUCUCCAACCACUCCUUCAAACACGAAGACGCUUUAACUCAGCAGAACACCAUGGGUGAGCAGCAGUAUCCUGUCCCUCCUCCUGUUUAUGGAUGCCACACACCAUCAGACAGCUGUACAGGCAGCCAGGCUCUGCUGCUGAGGAACCCAUACAACAGCGGAGAAAAUUUAUAUCAAAUGACCUCUCAGUUGGAGUGUGUGGCAUGGAACCCUGUCAAUACACUGGCGUCCACCAUAAAGAGCCAUGCAGGAGGCUAUGACAGUGACCCCAGCACCCCCAUGGUGUACAGCUGCAGUACGCAGUACCGCAUACACACACAUGGAGUCUUCAGGGGAAUACAGGAUGUGAGGCGGGUUCCCAGCAUCGCUCCAGCCAUCGUGCGGUCAGAGACCAGCGAAAAGCGUCCGUUCAUGUGCGCUUACCCAGGGUGCAACAAACGCUACUUCAAGCUGUCUCACUUGCAGAUGCACAGUCGCAAACACACAGGGGAGAAACCCUACCAGUGUGAGUUCACAGACUGCGGCCGGAGCUUUUCCCGCUCGGACCAGCUCAAAAGACACCAGAGGAGACACACAGGAGUUAAACCCUUCCAAUGCGAGACGUGUCAGAGAAAGUUCUCUCGGUCUGACCACCUUAAGACACACACCCGGACUCAUACAGGUAAAACAAGUGAGAAGCCAUUUAACUGCCGGUGGCCAAACUGUCAGAAGAAGUUUGCCCGGAGCGAUGAGCUGGUGCGACACCACAACAUGCACCAGAGGAACCUCACCAAGCUCCAGCUGGCCAUCUGAACUGUGUCCGGCCCAUGUCCCAAUUUUAAACUUAAACAUCUGGGCUACAUCUGCUUUUUUUUUUCUCAUGAACACCCCCCCCCCCUUUUGCACCUGCGAAACCUGCCUCUGUAAAGUCCACAGUCCUUGCGGGUCCCUUGAAAAAGUUAAUAGGUGUAUACCAUUUCGAUUUUUAAUAAGUAGAUACCACAGUUUACACCCGGAGGCAAAAUACAAAUCUGUCCAAAAGUCGUGAAAGAUUCUGACAUCUGUGGAUUAUAUCCGCUGUGGAGUGUGGACGAGUGUGGAAUUUAAAGGAUAAGCCAAUAUUCUGUAUUUGUAUUGUUUUCAGCAAAUCCCAUGAAAAGGCCAACAGUGUGUGAAAAACACAGUCCUUCAUUCAUGAAUACGACCACAAUGGUGACGGAGCAGGGACUCCAACAGGCUUUUUUGCUGCAACGUAACAUCAUUCGGUAUCGUGCUGCGCUGGCCGGUUAAGUACAUGGAAAUACACAUUCCUGGUAGAUAACUUUAUAUUUCUACCGUUUACCUUGUAAUCAAGGUAAAAAAUGGGUCGUAAAAUCCCUCCUCCUAAGAUUUUUAUGCCGCUGUGCAGUGUUCUUGCAUCUGAUAAAACCGUCAACCUCGUCAUCUCACCAGUGCCUAGAAAACAGGCCACCACAGGCUUUUAAGUAUGUAUAUAUUUUUUAAAAGGCUAACUAGUUUUAUAAAACAGCUGAACACUGUGGAUUUUAGCAAACGUUAUUUGAGCAGGAACAACACUUGAUGGGGACUAUUUUUUUAGCUGCAGAUAUGGCACUGUAGUGAGAAUAGUGUAUUUUCAUUUCAUUCAAAAUAAAUUACAGCCCAUGUUCGUUUUAAUGAAGGAACAUGUGUGACCCGUUGAUUGCGUUGUAAUCGUUCCUGGACAAUAGAGCUCUCUGGCACAGAGGAAUAACAUCUGUCAGGCUUUGGCUCCACAGACUUGUUAGUGGAAUCAUUUCAUUCUUGGUUUCUGUCUUUUCAUGAGAUUUGUUGACAGUGAAUGAAAUACAGAACAUCACCAGAACUAUCCAAUAAAUAAAUCUAUAAAAAUCAGUCAGCACCUACGUUCUUCCAGGUUCUCCCAAAAGAAUUCACAACUGAGAAAAACAUUAUCUCAUGUUUGUUUUUUUUACCAGUAAAAACUUUGCUGCUGGAAUCAGACGCUGCGUUAAGACAGAUGUAAAUAUGAAAAUGUACACAGACCUCAUUAGAUCGACAUUUACUUUGUAAAGUCCUCAUGCCCGGCACUUCUGAACUGGUCCAAAGUAAACGUUGGUAUCUUUCCAUGUCAAGUGAUGAAGAAUCUGACAAAAAAAAGAAAAGCUUCCAUCUUAACUGUAAUGUAAUAUCUCAUUCAUCCCUGAUUAUUGUCUGUUUUCUUGCCACCAACCACCACCACGUGUACACGGAGGUCAAGAGUUGUGGUCAGCCACAUUCAUGCUGCAUCCAGCUUAGCCUUCACCUUCUCAGCUGUUGUAAAUAUGUCUUAUGUUGAACUACUUUGGGAUGGUUUAUUUAUUAUCUCUUCAUGGACAAAAAAUUGCUUUCACUGGAUUGAUUUAAAAGGAGAGAGGCGUCGUUCAGUGCCUCUUGUGCUCACGUACAGGACAGACCUCUCUGCCUCUUCCUACAGUAUAGUUUUACCAGUUCAGCAGUAAAAGACAACGCUGGCUUUAAUUUGAAAAGAUCAAGUUAAGUAAACAGUUUGCAUCCGACACCCUAUGCAGUGUUUGCAAUUUAAGCUUUUGGUGUUUUGUCUGGUCAGCAUAAAGCAUACGUUGCAAACACAAACAUGCCUUUUUAACGGUUGCAUUUAAAAAGCUGAACUUUUUUUGUUUUUGAGUAAUGUGAAAAUUGGAUAUUUUUUCUAGCAGCACUCUUUGUGGUAAAUCAUCUGAGUCUCUUGUCUCUAUGGUGUGUAAAUAUUGCUGGAUUUUGGCAGCGUUUUAGACACUGCAAGCUCUAAAAUAUGUCUGCUGGGUCACACUGGCUCUGUGGCCGGGACAUUAUGGUCAAGAUGUAAAUAAUACUUCUUCGCCAUGAGAACUGAACUCUUUCCAUGGGGAGAAACAUCUAACUUAACUGAUAUAUUUUAGACUUUCUUUGGAUGGAUCUAGGAACUGUUUAUACUUUCUUUUGUCUUUCUUUGAUGUGUAUUAAUAUGAGUCAUAAAACAGCAAAUGUCAGUGAAACAUUUUGUACUCGAAAGUGUGAGAUUAUUGAAAAUGAUGGUUUCUCUCUGUGUAAAUGUAUUGUGACUGUUUUGAUACAGUAA